AUGGAUGAUGAAAGUGGAGAACGUUUCUUCCAAACUUUGGAGGCAAGGCUUUCCGAGAAUGGAGUCUGUUUGGCCUUCAGAGAAACAGUUCCCAAAAACAUGCGCUUACACAGCAUAGCUGCUGUUAUUGAAGACAUGAUGAGUCACAUUCCAGUUGUGAUGGAGAGCAAAGUGAAUGCAUUCAUUGUGUAUGGAGAAACAGCAGCCUUUACAUGGUUGGCAACCAUUGUGUGGGUGACAGCAUUGGUGAUUCCUAUGACAGACUUCAGCUAUAAGGGAAAGAUCUCGGCAGGAAAGGUGUGGAUUACAACAGCGCAGAUCGAUUUCACAUUCAGUCACUUUCAAAAGGACUGGGACAUCCAGAUGUUCCAUGGUUCUAUUUCCUUCACACCUCACUCAAAUAACCCUCCUGGCUUUCAGAACUUUCUUCAGUUUAUAGAAUGUUUGGGGGCAAAAGGAAAUGGUUUUUUCAAAGAUUUCUGGGAGCAAGCAUUUGACUGUUCAAACUCUUCGGAGCCAACAGAAGACAAUAUAACAUGCACUGGGAAAGAGAAGUUAGAAAGUCUUCCUGGUCCUUUUUUUGAAAUGAGCAUGACCAGCCAUAGCUACAGCAUCUAUACUGCUGUCUAUGUUGUGGCACAUGCACUGCACACCAUGUACUCAUCUAGAUCAAAUCACAGAGCAUUGAAGGAAGAAGGCAGCCUGGAGACUACGAACUUAGAACCCUGGCAGCUCCAUUCAUUUCUUCAGAGGAUCUCGUUCAACACCAGUUCUGGAGAUGAAGUUUCCUUUAACGAUCAUGGAGAAUUAGAAGCUGGGUUUCAUCUUACUAACUUGGUCACUUUCCCCAAUAACUCCUAUGUUAGAGUCCAAGUGGGAAGGCUGGAUCCUCGGGCUCCUCCAGGCCAAGAGCUGAUCAUCAGAGACAGCAAAAUUGAGUGGCACAGAAACUUGACACAGGUGGGGAAAAUACUCAAGGCACUAUUUCUUCAGUUAUACAAAAAAGUCAGCCACUGCAAUGGCCAGGUGCCUCCCAUCUCUGUGUGCAAUGACCAUUGCCAUCCUGGUUACAGCAAGAAAAAGAAGGAGAGAGAGAAGUUUUGCUGCUACGAUUGUGCUCCUUGUCCAGAAGACAUGAUCUCAGACCAGAAGGACAUGGAUUACUGUGUCAGUUGCCCAGAAGAUCAGUGUCCAAAUAAUGGCCAAAAUCAGUGCAUUCCCAGGACCCCAAACUUCCUGUCUUUAGAAGAACCGUUGGGCAUUGUUUUAGCUUUAAUGGCUCUUUCCUUUUCUUUGAUCACUGCUAUAGUGCUUGGAAUCUUCAUCAAGCACUGGGACACUCCCAUUGUCAAAGCCAACAACAGGAGUCUCACCUAUAUUCUCCUUGUCUCUCUCCUUCUUUGUUUCCUUUGCUCCUUGCUCUUCAUUGGAGAGCCUAAUGAGAUGACCUGCCUCCUCCGGCAAACAGCUUUUGGCAUCAUCUUCUCAGUUGCUGUAUCUUCUAUCUUGGCCAAAACUGUCACGGUGGUGGUAGCUUUCAUGGUCUCCAAGCCAGGAAAUAAUUUCCGGAAAUGGAUGGGGAAAAGAUUUGCACAUUCUGCUGUCAUUUUCUUCUCUCUUGUUCAAGUGGGCAUCUGUGCUGCAUGGCUGGGAAUUUCUCCUCCCUUUCCAGAUCUGGACAUGCAAACUCUGAGCAGAGAAAUCAUAGUGCAAUGCAAUGAAGGGUCAGUUAUCUUGUUUUACUGUGUCCUGGGCUAUCUGGGUUUUCUGGCCACCAUCAGCUUCACUGUGGCUUUCCUAGCCAGGAAAUUACCUGACAGUUUUAAUGAAGCCAAGUUCAUCAGUUUCAGCAUGUUGGUCUUUUGCAGUGUUUGGCUGUCCUUUGUCCCAACCUACCUGAGCACCAGAGGAAGAGAGAUGGUGGCGGUGGAGAUCUUCUCCAUCUUGGCUUCCAGCGCUGGGUUACUGGGCUGUAUCUUUUCUCCCAAAUGCUUCAUUAUUGUGUUGAGGCCUAAUAUGAACAAAAGGGAACAACUAAUAAGGAGAAAACAUUAA